AAAAUUACUAUACAAUUCACAAUCGUAGUUGUCGCAUUAUUUUCACUUUAUUUUAUUAUUGCAAAGUAAUUUAAUUAUCAAACCAUUAUUGCAAUUAAAAAAUAAUUUUAUGUUUCACAUAUAGAUUCAUAUGUAAAUAAGUAUGUGGAAAUAUAGUACUUGUUCGUUUGAACUUUCACAGUUCAAGUUUUAGUUUGGUGUCAAUGUUUAUUGAAGAAUUUAAUCUCGUCUUUGAAAGUUAAUCGAUUUGAUGGUCCGAAGUUAUUGAAUUCUUUAAAAAUUAGGCAUAAUGAAGUAAACCAGUGUUAAAAAAAAAUAUGCCAUGUAUGCCCCGGAUCAUAGAAGAAAGGAAACAAGGGAUGUUAUGUACCGUAGUAACUCGAGCCUUGACUUGAUAUACGCCGAACAUCCAUCAGGAAACGGUCUUAGACGGGAAUAUGGUAGUCACGGCUCAAUCGACGUAAUAGGGGGUGCCAACGAUCGGCUUCCGGCAAUGGUACAUAAUUACACUGUUGUUUCUGCAUCAGAUAAGCCUCCUGGAUUGGCGAGACCCACUGAUCGACUUGCAGAUGUUUUGAAUAGCGACCAUGCAGAUGGUCCUCCACCUCGAGCAAAUGCAAGCCCAAAGCCUCGACUGAAACUCAAUAAACUAUGGGGAGGUAAUGCACCUGCAUUAUCACGGCAACCACUUGAAGAUAGUACAUUAACAACCAUAUCUGAUGCUUCUAAAAGAAAACAAUUUGCACAUUAUGACUGCCAGUCACUCAUGGCCAACUUAAGCUAUGCUGCAGAAAUUCGUGGAGCAUUAUUGAGUCGACGCCGUAAUACUACAACUGGAGCCUCUGCAGCGUCUUUACUUGCCACUCGUGGUCUACCACCAGGUGAAGAUGCUGUACCAGAUACUGGUGAUGGGCGUUCUAAUGAACUUCUAGACAGUUGUCCAUUUUUUAGAAAUGAAUUAGGUGGUGAAGAAGAACGCUGCGUACCUCUGUGCUGGCGAACGGCGCGAGGGCCUAUCCCAGGUCAAAAUGGAGGGUGGCAUCGGCCAAGAGCGGCAUACGGUAUAUCAGUACUUGAGUUUCCUCCAGGACAUUCACAUUGGCGACAUGGCUGUCCAUUCGCAAAAUUAUCUGCACCUCUACCAGUGGAAAGUCAAGAUUUAGGUGCCUUGUAUUACAGAAACUACUUUUACAAUCAACCUCAUCAAAACUGGUUUGGUAUGGAUGAGAACUUAGGGCCGAUAGCUAUAUCGAUAAAAAAGGAACGGGUAGAGCUAAGAAGGGGUGGGGGAGGCGACGCGUCAGCUCCAGCUUCGCAGCUCGCCUGGCAGUAUCGUCUCAUAAUACGUACUUCGGAACUGCUUACACUACGGGGCACAGUGCUAGAGGACGCCAUCCCCGCAGCUAAACCUAGCAAUAACAGCGCCACCUAUAAUACUAAAGAAGUCCUUGAGUAUGUUGCACCUGAAUUGCAGUAUAAUUGCUUGAAACUUGGAAUUACAAAUAGUGGAGCAGAAGAUCAACUAUUACGGCUUGACGAACAAUGUGUAACCAGACACUAUAAAGUAGGAGUUAUGUAUUGCAAGAGUGGUCAGUCCACAGAGGAAGAAAUGUAUAACAAUCAAGAAGCAGGGCCCGCCUUUGUUGAAUUUCUACAAAUGUUAGGACAGACUGUAAGAUUAAAAGAAUUUGACAAAUACAAAGCGGGUCUUGACAACCGAACAGACUCUACUGGCCUGUAUUCAGUAUAUACUACGUACCAGGGUUGUGAAAUAAUGUUUCACGUUUCUACUAUGCUUCCAUACACGCCAAAUAAUAGGCAGCAGCUGUUAAGGAAGCGACACAUAGGCAACGAUAUAGUAACUAUAGUCUUCCAGGAACCCGGCGCGGCACCGUUUACACCGCGCAAUAUUCGUUCUCAAUUUCAACACGUUUUCGUUGUGGUCAGGGUUAUAGAUCCCUGUACAGAAAACACUCACUACAGUAUAGCAGUGAGUCGUGCUAAAGAAGUGCCUUUAUUUGGUCCUCCGAUCCAACAUGGUGCUGUUUAUCCAAAGGGUGAAGCAUUCACUGAUUUACUUCUAAGUAAGGUAAUUAAUGGCGAAAAUGCAGCAAUACAAUCGCCUAAAUUUAGCACAAUGGCAACACGCACACGGCAAGAAUAUCUAAAGGAUUUAGCCAAAAAUUAUGUAUCAGCCACUACUGUGGAAACUGGACAGAAAUUUUCCUUAUUUUCGUCUUUAUUGAUGAAAAGCGGUAACAAUUCAAGCAGCAACACGAUCCUACCGCGCAUUGACAACUGCACAAACGACGUGCUUGUUGGAGGAGCACUCUGUUUUCAUGUGCAAGUGCUGGAUGAAGGCGCCGGCGGGUCGCUAUUAGACUGCAUGAUGGGUGUGUCGGCCGAUACAGUUGUACUUGUAGAAGAUACCACGCGGCAGAUCAUACUGGUCAUACCUACUGGCACACUUCUUGGCUGGGUGGAGAACGGCGAGUGGACGCGCGUGUACUAUCAUCGCGGGGAGAGCGUGCGAGUGCGGGCCGGCAGCGGUAGCGCAGCGCUGCGGCGGCGGCUCGCUAGUGUCGCACCACCGCACGCCACCGCGCUGCACGAGAUCACGCUAGAGCGUGGCGCCGCACAUCAGCUCGGAUUCCACGUGCAGCCGGACGGUCUGGUAACGGCGGUGGAGGGCGGAGGCUGUGCGGCGCGCGCCGGCAUCCGUCGCGGUGCCCGCUUGCUCGAGGUGUGCCGCGCCGCCGUCGUCGCACUCGCGCACGACCAGCUCGUCGACCUACUCAAGACCUCCGACCCCGUCACAGUGACAGUAACUUUCGCUAGUAGCUCGCGGUGCGAAUGCGAGGCGGCAAGCGAGGAGUGGGCGCCGCCCGCGCGGGCUGACGCACAGCAGCCGGGCCGGCCGCGCCGGGCGUACGAGCGCGGCCAUUCGCCGCCGCGUUCCGACAGUUCCGGCUACGGCACCGGCGGGUCGGGGCGCAGCGCGCGGCGCUCGCCGCAGUCGUCGCCGGUGUCGGAGGCGCUGCUGCGGCGCCGCUCGACCGACGACGCGGCCGCCGCCUCGCCGCACGCGCCGCGCCACGCGCGGCACAAGCGCGCCUCCGCCAACACCAGCUCGCUCACCGAAGAAUUGAUGCGAUUAAUGGAUGCGGAACUUGGCGAAACUAGAUCAAGUAGCGUGGCAAGUACACCAGCACUGGCGAAUAGUGGUGGAGUGCCAAAUGUGGGAAACCCCAAUGUAGGAGUAGCGAAUGUGACCAACGCCACACGGGCUCCGCCCCUACCGCUGCCCGACGCCACCGCCCUGGACUGGGCCGCGCUCGUGCACACUGCCACACGCGCUAUGCUCCAGAUCUGUGAAGAACAUCAAUAUCCAUCAAUGGACAAUACAGACCCAUCUCUAGAAAGUAUAGCUACUGAACCCGUACCUGAAGCAUGGCCUGACGUACCACAGAGUACAGAGACGAGUGGAAACGGUCCCAUGGUGGGCAAUCCGAGUACGCCGUUGACUAGUAGUGUGGCGGUGACGAGUAGUGCGACGGUGGGGAAUACAGCAGUGGCGAGUGGUGCGGCGAGUAACGUGGUGUGCGGGUGCGGCCUGGCGCCGAGGGUGGCUGCACUGGAGGCUGACGCCGUCGCCUCGCAGCGACACCAGCACCAGCUCGAGGAGGAGGUACGUCGAUUACGACGACACAAUGCACGCUUACGCGAAGAAUCAGCACGCGCUGUGUGGCAGUUACGGCAUUUCACGCAGUGGCUCAAGCGAACGGUCGACCGGCAGUGAACCAACCAUGCAUGCCACGGUAAAUAAUAGGCCGGCAUUAAUUUACCUAUCUUAUGUAAUUUUUGACAAAAUUAUGUCAUACAAACAACGCUGCUGAGUAUAUAACUUAAAAAUAUGUGUUGAUCUUUGACGUGACCGAAUUAGGGUCAAAUUGAAAUCACAUCAAAUAAACGUUAAAUAUAAAAUAAUGUAGCGUCCAGUAACUGCUUUUCGAUAUGAUUUAAAUUUAGACCCAAUUCUAAAUAAUCCCAAAGAUGUAAAAUGUAUAUAUUAUAAAGAUUAUAGUUGGAUUGAAAAAAAGUAUUGGUUACCCAACCCCUUAAAACAUACGAGUACAUUAAAGCUACAACUUCGCCCGCCUAUCGUUCAUUAUCUCCCAUUCCCAUGAGACUUAAUUCUGUAAGAUUUAGUCAUGAUCUACCUUAGCCUGUAGUCUGAAAUGAGGUCACAAUAUUUUUGAGGUGCCUCCAAACAAAAUAUUGACGGCACUGAACUUCUCCUUUGACGAUGACGACGAAAAAGUCAUGGAGGACUCUGCGGUCUAUAGUGUUCAUUCCAAGGUCGAAUUUGAUAUUUUGUUUAUCCUCUGCUCGCGCCCUCCUCGGAUAUCCGAACGGAAGCUUUAUGUCAAAAUCCUUGUAUUUUAUCCAAUGAUCAAAUACAAGAAUACUGUCAACUUGGCCGCUAUAUUAUUCACUUGUUAUGUGUUAUCUCUUUAGGAACAAGAUUAUUAUAUUUCUCUUGAUGUGGUACAUAUUUCUUGUGGUAUCAUAUAACUUGCUUAUAAUUACAUUACGAAGCUAGAUUAACCUGUCUGCCUUUAAUUGAUACACAGAUAAAGGAAUUAGAAGUAAUACGAUUUUUAAUGUAGAUAAUUUUAUCCAUCUAUCGUGCGCGUCAUUUUCUAUUUUAAAAAAUACUCUCACGUAAUUAUGGGAAAACCAUUUCCGUUUAUUAUCCCUAUCGAUUACCAAUAUCAGCUAGUUACGGCUGAUAUCAUGAUAAUAGAAUGACAGCAGCAUUGUUUGUGUGUGUACAUAAACAGGUAAAACUAUUAUUAUUCGUAACAAUUAAUAUAAUUGUAAUGAAAUCACCAAAUUACAUCGGUUACACCGCACAUUGGAUUAUGCGCUGUCUUAUGAAUUUUGUGCCUUUUCUGUGCUUCUUACGGAGCUAUCCUUUUGGCGUUAUUUAUGUUUAUCGUUUGGCGUUAUUGAUGUUUGAUAUAAAAAGAUAUACAUACUAUGUUUUUGUUACGAGCUGAUAUUGUAGAAAUUAGGUACUAUUUAGUCUAUAGGAUGUUGUAGUUUGGUUUUAUAUGGUUGUUUUAGCAAUCGAGUUAUAGCUUCAAAUUUCAAAGCUACGUACAUCAUUUUAUAUAUUAUACGCAAUUAGAAACAUUACAUUAAAUAUAUUAUUAUAUAUGAGUAAUAAAGUUAGUUAAAAAAUGUAAGGUGAACACCAAUUAGGCUAUGCGUUCGUCUUUGUCAUUAGUGUAUCUAAUCCGGUACGUAUCUAAUCAAUUUUCUUUUAAGUACCUUAUAAGUAUUUAUUUCGUAAUAUAGUAUUAUCUUUUAUAUUUUCAUAAAUGUACUAGUAACAUGACAAUUGUUUUACACUAUUGACAAUGACCAGUAGAGUUUAUAGUGAUAUAAAAUGUGUACUCUUAAGUAAUUACGGAUAGUACGUUAAAUUAAUAUACAGACUUGAAACCUGCCAAAUAUUAAUACAAUAAGAGACACGAAUUUUAGCACAAAUUGUACUCAUUUUAUACACAUACUAUGAUUUAUUUUAUCUUAGAUAAAAGUAGCUUUUCUUCUGAACCAGUGACAUUAUUACCAUAUUGCAUAAUAAUAUACUCGCAUCACAAUUAAUUAGUGAGAAGAAACGAAUAUUAUAUAGAAGUGAAACUUUGUUUGUACAUCGUGUUAUUUAAGAAAUUUAAUUUUUAUAACAGCAUAUAACAGCACAAUAGCGGGAGGACAGUAAUAGAUGCUUUUAUAGUUUACUGUACCACGAUACAGUUAUAAUAUAUCGUAACAGUUUUAAAUAUCCAUACGUGAUAAUGAGUUAUCGUCGCGGAAAGUCCAGCUGCGAAUAAAAUUCCUAACCAAGUCGGCUUACUAGAUAUAUUUUUAUUUCGCGUUUACCUCCUCUGCUUUGUUCCCAACAUUCGUGUCUUCCGACAUACCUGGCGAUGAGAAUGUGUAGUUAAAACAUUCAGACACACCACUGUGUGUUUAUGAUAUUAUUACAUAUUUAAUUUGUAUGACACUGUUUUAUUGACGCGUUGUCAUUCUAUUAAAGCUUUUGUAAGUAUCAAAACAUUGCAAUAAAUUAAAAAUUGCACCGUCGUAUCACAAGGACACAAAGUUUUUUUUUUUUUUAAUUUAUUAAUCUUGAUUACGAAACUUAAUUUAACACCAAAACUAUUAUGUGUGCUUACGAACUAUGCUGAAAUCAUCUUGAAAGCCUUUUAGAAACGUCAUAAAAUGAUACCGCAAGAGCACAAUCUUACUAACUAAAAUAAAUACAAAUAUACUACUUUUUUUCUAAAAAAAAAAUACCAGUGACUACAUUAUAUCCGAUUAUAGUUGCUCCAUAUAAACUUAGCUUCACUUCUGUAUAAUUCAUAAUUCUUAAAUAAACAAUUGAGUUUUACUUUGUUAUCCCUUCUUCGCAUAAUUGUGGAAAUUUCCAUCAUAACAUUAAAUGCCCAAAAAUUAUAUAAAAGAACAAGUUCACUUUAAGUUGAUCGUCUCUGGAUACCUUUUUAAUAUCCAUUGCAGAAAAAACCCUAGCUGUUACAUUUAUUUUUUUAAGCAUUUUUCCUUUAAUUUUGAACAUGAAUUAUAUUACCUUGAUUUAUUUCACCAAUAAAAAAAAUGCAAAGAAGGGUUAUACUUUUUACAUUGUAUGUACAUGUGAUUUUUACUUAAUGAUUUACCAUAAGAAUAAAUAACCUGGGUAGAAAUGACCACUCGUAUACUUUUCCUUUGUGAGUGCACCGAUGCCAAAAAUAUAAUGUACUUCCUCUCAAUCAAAUAGCGUUAUCACAAUUUUUUCAUAUAUAAAUAAUGAAAAUUAGCUGGAGGGAUAGAAUUAGCAAUGACCUCCUUAUUGCUAAUUCUAUCCCUCUUAAAGGAAAAAAAACAAAUUAUUAGAACUAUUGAGGACAUAAGGGGAAAAAUGUUGGGACACUUGAUACGACACGACGAACUUAUGAACAUUAUAAAAGAAGGUAAGAUAGAAGGAAGGAGGGGAAAAAGGAGACCGAGACAUAGUUACAUCAGGCAGAUCAAGGAAGGAGUUGGUGUCAUGUCGGAUCAAGAGGUGAAGAGACUCACUGAAAAUCGUAGUGAGUGCCAAGAGCCCCGCCGACAAGAGCGCAGCUCUUUAAUAGGACAGAUAGAUAGAAAUAAUGAAAAACAAUCCGUUUUAAUAAUGAAAGAGUAAAAAAUUAAUUAAUGACGACAUCGUACAGACUUACGUCGUUUAGGGCGACCCCACUGACUGUAGGAAUUCAAUUCGAGUCAGUAAUAUGCUGUUGAUAUUUUCAACAUAAUUAUAUACUUAAACUCCGAUAAGUACAGAUAGAGUUCCUAUAAUCUAUGUAUUCAAAAGUAUAUAAUAAUCGACUUUAUAUUAAAUAGGUCAAGUAAAUAAUACUACCGAACUAAAGUUUUAUUACUAUUCUGAAAAAACAUCAAAUUUAAUUUUGUGGAAUUACAGAUUAACGAUAGUAUCCAUUUACGUGAUAUCACAUACAUUUUUAUGGUUGUUAAAUAAUCAAAUCAUCAGCGUUAUCUAGACAAAGGUAAAUAAAAAAUAAAGUGGCAUCUACUGGCUUACAAUUAAACAUGCUCUCCGAACUGCACACAAUUACGCAGAUUAGAUGAACAUAAUUCUCAAUGACAAUGCGAACCGCAAACGGGGUAUUAUUAUUUAAUUGGCGAGAAUGUCUAUUCUGCCUAGUUUUUAUUCUUAUGGAUUUACUCUUCAAUUAAAUAGUCUUAUUGAGUCUCGAGUCUCGUAAAAUUAGAUGUUAUGAUCGUAAAAUGAAAGCUUUAUUAGUUUAAGUCACACUUAGAGAUACUUAUGUAAUAUGAAAGACUUGCUUUAUACUUUAUUACAUGCCUACUUGUAAGGCAUAUCUAGGCAAAUAAACGAGUGCCUCUUCUUUUAGCAUUUUUUAAAAGCAACAAAAUUAUUAACUUCAGAAUAUAAUAAUAAUGUUCUAUUGGCGUAUCCUAUAAAACACAGUUAUAUUAUAUAUAUAAAACAAGAAAGCAACCUAAACAGAAUUGGACUUGCUUUGAUCUGAAACUAAACAACCGAUUAAAAAAACUUUAGAUGCAUAAUAAAUGAUACCAAGUUUAAAUAUCCAACGUUAAAUAAAUUAUGUACGUUCUUUUUUGUUCUUUCUGUUUUAUGGUGUCAUCCCUGAAUAUAAUGUUUUCAAUAUAAAUUAUGUACAAUAAUUAGGAAACAGCAACGAAAGUUUUCACAAGACAUUCACAUAGCUUAUGAAUAUUGUAAUUACCUUAAAAUAGCGUUUAUUGCUUGUUAGCAAAAUUGUUUGUAUAAUAAUCAUUUACCUUGUACACCAUCGAUAUGAGUCAUUACAAAUAUUACAUUACAAUCACGACUUUUUUAUAUAUAUAAUUUAUGCUUAAUUUCUCAUAUAAAAAUUAAAAAAUAAUUGUGUUUUUAAUUUAAAGAAAUUUUUUAUGAAUAAAUCCAUUUCGAAAUAGUUAAUAUAAAUAAAGGUAGUGACUACUGAGCAAGUUAUCAUUACCUUAUGUGGUGACAGCAGUCAAUUUGUUAAUUAACAUUGAAAACUAACGUCUAGUUGAGAUUAAAAUUCUAUAAUAAGUCUAUUCGCCCCACGAUGUAAAAAAAAUCUUUAACAUAAAGUACCUGUCAUAAUUUGAUACACCAGUUCGUCAUGAAAUUACUUAUUGGUGUCAUUACUUUGAUGUAGAGGUACGAAUAAAUACAUAGCAAUAUCCUACAUAUUUUAUUUGCUAACAACAGAUAAACAUUGAUUAACAAGCAAUGAAAUGAGGAAUUCGAUCGAAAUAAUAUAGACAUCCAACCGGUAUCACCGAUGUCAAAAUAGGUGAAUACCUUUAUUCGCCUUUAUUAUUUAUAUCCAAAAUAACCCAAUAUAUAGAUAUCGGAACGGUACCAAUAUUAUCCAUGCAUGCUUUGAUAUUUUUUAAUUGCUCUCGUAGAUAAUAAGUAAUAAUAAUAAUAUAAACAACCUACAAGUUGCAAGACUGCUUUUGGGAAACUUUUAUUGACUCAUAUAUUUAUGUCUGUCUAUACCUUAUACAUUAUUAUAAAAAAUGUUCUUAUGUAUGUUUACAUGUUAAUUUGUUUACUAUUCCAAGAACCACCAAAGUAAUGAAACUAUGAAAUAUAGAUUGUUAAGGUACAUGAUUGUUACUGGAUUUUGUUGACAAUAUAAAUACAAUACCAGGAGUGAGAACCAUUAGCUUAACGAUACAACUUUUUUUUUUUAAUUAUAAUAAGGGCAAUAUUUGUUCGGUCGAUUAAUUUAUGAAAUAAAUUCAGCUAUAUAGAAAGCUACCCUCGGAUAAAAUUAUUGAAAUAAAUCACUGUAUUUGGUAACCGAAUUUUAUAAUUUGAUAAUUACUUUUAUAAGUGAAAAAUACAUUUUUUAAAAUGACUAUGUUCAUGGUAAUUAUAAAACAAAUACUAAAGUGUCUUCGGUGGGUAGCUUUUUAAGAUGCUAUUUAUAAUUUAAUACAUAAAAUUCGAAUUUAUUAUUCUGUUUGCGUUUGUUAUUAAAUGUAAAUAUUAAUUUAUACAACACGGGCAAAAAUUCUCGACCGUAGAAUUAACAAUAGUGAAGUUAUAUAAAUAAUUCAUUUAAGGUUCUUCCCACCACAUAUUUAUGUUAAAAUUAAUUAAUUAAUGUACGUAAGUUAUUUUAAAACAACAUCUUUUCUGAGUGAAAGAAUAAACUUCUUUUUUAAUUAGUUAUGUAAGUAAUUAUUGUUAAACGAAAUUAUUUAAAAAUCCAACUUGUUUUUAAGCCCUUUUUGACUUUUGUGAUAGUUCAGAUUUUGUUUAUCAGUUUUCUUCGUAAAUAAUUGAUAAUUCAUAAAGAUAUAAAUACACUUCUCGGCGUGUAUAUUUUUAUGGACUCUUAGUUGCUAUUUAUCAUAUAAAUUAGCAUAUACAAUCUCAAUUUUGUUUGAAUAUUUAAUAGUAACAAUGUCAUCAUUUCAACUGUUAUUUAACCAAUGCUGGACUCAGGCCUGUAUGGAAUAUGUUCUAUCUAAAUAAUUGUUUUGUUUUAUAUAAUUUAUAGGCUCUUUUUUAAACAAAAAUAAAAGUAAAAAAGAACACACUUACAUAAACUAAUACUUGUAAGAAAAUAUUACUUAACGUUUAAAUACUUAAGUAGAUGAGAAUUAUAGUUUAGGUAUACCCAAUCAGCAGAUAAACAUAGUCACAGCCAUCGGCGCCAUACAUUUAAGUCCACAUUAUAGGCAAAAAUAUACAGGGGCACUCACAGAUUGAAGUAUCCACGCACUGGUUGCAGCCAACAGAAUUUAAUUAAAUCCAUACAGCGCACUUUCAAAAUCUGAACUAAAUUUAAUUAUUAUAAUUAUAUUUGUUAUACUCCAAAAGGAGCAGGCUCUCUUGACGGAUAUAACAUGCGUUAACUAAUAGCUGAAAUAAUAUAUCUAUAAAAAGUGUAUAAAUGAUAAUAUUGCUGAAAACAAUUAAAAAUAACGCUUAUCCUGAAUAUAAGUGGUCUCGAUGUAUGUAUUGACUUAGUGGACAAUUUCUAGUAACGUUUACCAUGUUCGUUCUUCAAUGUACCUGCUGAAGUCAAAGGACUUCUCGCAAUUAAAUACUACGUAACACAGACAUGAAAAAUACAAUCGAAUUUAGAACCUUCUUUUUCAAGUCGGUUGAAAAAGUCCACACUAAAAUCCACCUCGAGGACUCCUUAAUUUUUACAGGCUUUUGCAACCAGUCCUAGAAAAUUAUAUAUGUUGAUAUUGUAUUAAAUAUAUACAGGUAGAUAGUAGAUAUUCUUCAUAUGGGCAUCAUGUGUAAUAAACAUUUCCCGUAAUAGUCAAUCUUCCUGCAAAAAAUUCGUCAUGAUUACCGACAUGUUGCUUUAUGCUGAUACAUAAAAAACUCUUACCUGCUAAACUGUACCUUAUUUUUUAUAUCUCAACAUAAAAAUUGCAACACAUUUUAAAUAAAUGUUUUAAUAAUCAAGUACGCCUGCUAGCAAAACAUAAUGAAGGUAAAACCGCCGUAUGUACUCUGUAAAAUUUGUAUUUUAAGUACAGUUUUUUAUAUAUUUUUGUUUAUGUUCUGUAAAACUAUAUUUGAUUUGUAAAUUAAUUAUUAGCGACAUUCCAAUUAAAGUAUUUACCAAAGGAUA